UCCCUCCCGGCGCGGGCAGCGGUGCGGGCCAUGGCUGCGGCUACUCUCUGCUCGGUGUUGGCUGCCAGGCUGCUCCGGCCCGCGCAGAGCUGCCGCCUGCGGCAUCGUGCCUUCCACCUCGCUGCCGUCCGAAACGAGGCUGUGGUCAUUUCCGGAAAGAAGCUAGCCCAGCAGAUCAAGCAGGAAGUACGGCAGGAGGUGGAAGAGUGGGUGGCCUCUGGCCACAAGCGACCACAUCUGAGCGUCAUCCUGGUGGGCGAGAAUCCUGCCAGUCACUCCUACGUUCUCAACAAAACCAGGGCAGCUGCUGACGUGGGAAUCAACAGCGAGACAAUUGUGAAGCCAGCAUCAAUCUCAGAGGAAGAAUUGUUGAAUUUAAUUAACAAACUCAAUAACGAUGACAAUGUGGAUGGUCUCCUCGUUCAGCUGCCUCUUCCAGAACACAUCGAUGAGAGGAAGAUUUGCAAUGCUGUGUCCCCCUACAAGGAUGUUGACGGCUUUCAUGUGAUCAAUGUUGGGCGCAUGUGUUUGGACCAGGAUUCCAUGCUCCCGGCCACCCCGUGGGGAGUGUGGGAGAUAAUUAAGCGAACAGGCAUCCCAACCCUAGGGAAGAAUGUGGUUGUGGCUGGAAGGUCCAAAAAUGUUGGCAUGCCCAUUGCAAUGUUAUUGCACACGGAUGGGGCACAUGAGCGGCCUGGAGGUGAUGCCACGGUGACAAUAUCCCAUCGCUACACUCCCAAAGAGCAGCUGAAGAAACACACCAUUCUCGCGGAUAUUGUAGUAUCCGCUGCAGGCAUCCCAAACCUCAUCACCGCAGAUAUGAUUAAGGAGGGAGCAGCAGUGAUCGAUGUGGGCAUAAACAGAGUUCAAGACCCCGUAACUGCUAAACCCAAGCUGGUUGGCGAUGUGGAUUUUGAAGGCGUCAGGAAGAAAGCCGGCUACAUCACUCCGGUCCCUGGGGGUGUGGGUCCCAUGACUGUGGCAAUGCUAAUGAAGAACACCAUUAUUGCUGCCAAGAAAGUGCUGAGGGCUGAAGAACGGGAAGUGCUCAAGUCUACAGAGCGUGGAGUAGCCACCAGCUAACUGGUGCCUGCGAGCCAGGGGCAGCCCUCCAAACCAACUCAAGAAGCAAGCGGGCUGGCAGAAAAUGCAAUAUAUUUUAAUUUAUUCUCUUGUGAUGGUUUAAAAUGAUGCUGUGUAUUUAUUGAAAGUUUAAAUGGGUGGCAGUUGGCACACAUGGCUCUACAGUCGUGCCAUAGGGAGGGAGGCCAGUGGCACACUGGGGUGUGUAAUCUAGCCAAGACAAGCAAGUAGCCUAAUGGUUAAUGUGGGAGCCACUGUCCCGUCAGGAAUGGAUGAUAACUCUGUGAAGUCAUGUCAGUUGAAAGUUUGCCUUUUCCAGGAUUACAUUUCCUAAGUGCUAUUCCAAUAAGAGUUGAUCUCAGGUUCCAAACCUUCUGAGUUCAACCAGUCAAACCAAAGGAAAAAAAAAAAAAUGUUGCUAGGGAGAAUUAGGGAAAAGGUGAAGAGGAAAUCAUGGUAACUGAGUAGUAAAAAUUGCAAAUGUGUGUACCUGCUGAUGGAGAGCCAGAUUUGUGUAAGAACAGAACUGGAUGGGAAAGAAGAGUGCACAUAGUCAUGUUCCUGAGCUUCCCCGUUGCUGGGACAGUGUCUGGAGUUCUGUGGCUGCUAUUAGCUCUCCUUGUAGGUUUGUUACCCUUCCAAGAGGCCUCCCCAUUUUAGUUUUCUAGAGUUGGAAGAUUUGUUUUGUAAAUUAUUCACAUUUAUUGUGAUGUUUGGCUUUUGCUAUGCCUUAGACUUCAUUGUUAAGUUUUUAUUUGCGGGUGUUGGGGGGUGGGAAUGCUAUGAUAUCUUUGGUACUUCUUAAAACCUAUUUUUGGAAACCACCACUUGGGCUUGAUAAUCACAAGAGCAGCUUGUACAAGUCUCCAACUUCCUUUUCCACCAAAGACUCGCUGGUAGCUGCCUGCUCUCCACCAUGGGCUGUGGUGGCUUUCCCAGGUUUGAAGAGCUUAAUUCUAAGAUUUUCUGUGAGAGGUUGUAUGUGUGAGUGCGUGUUAAAUAAAACACAUCUGUCUGGUGUGGAAUGAGUUUCUGAAA